GGCGUAAACAAUAAAAGUACAGAAAAUCUUACUCAUCAGGAGAUAGUGGAUUUGUUGCGCAGUGCUGGACAACAUGUCAAUUUAAAGAUCCUGUAUAAAAUACCAGUACCAGAUAUUGAUAUACACAGCUCUUGUAAAACAGCCAUUAUAACGUUGAAGAAAGAACGUGAUGGUUUUGGUGUUGUAGCAAGAGAGUCACCAAAGACAUCUAUUCAUGGUUAUCGUCCUGUUGUUGUUGUAAGUCUGAGACCCGGUAGUGCUGUUCAAAGUGAUGGUCUUCUUCAUGUUGGUGAUCGUUUACUGGCGAUCAACGAUCAAGCAUUGUUAGGAUUAUCACAUGAAGACGUCGUGCUCUUGUUAAAACAUGCACAUGAUCAAGUAUCUUUACAAAUCGAGUAUGACGUCAGUCAAAAAAAUGUGUUAAACACACGUAAUGGUACAUGGAUAGUUGAAAUUGAAAAGCCAGCUCCAACAGUCAGCGUUGGAUUAACAUUAGGAGAAGAAAGACGUGGUGUUUUUGUCAUAUCUCAUGUUAUUGAAGGUGGUUUGGCUGAUAGGCUGGGAGUGUUUCACAAAGACGACCAAAUAAUCAGAGUGAAUGGGACCUUCGUGAAAGAUCUUUCUUUGGCUGCAGUUGUUGAGUUGCUGGCAAAGAGUGUAAGCCGAAUGAAGAUUGAAUUUCUCACUUCUCAUACUUUGAAUAAGGAAGAUGACGAGCCUGCUUUAUCUGACAGGUACGCAAACGUUGAUUCGUGGACGGGCUCGGCUGAUGAUUCAGAUGAUCAAAGAUCAGAGUCGACUGCUCGUGAUGAAGCUCCUGUUCAACAUCGAACUUUACCCAAGGACGAUGCUCGCGAAAGAUUACUUCGAGCUCUUCCCCAGACUCCAAGCGGUAAUUUUGUCCGUUAUGACAAUGCCACACGUUUGCUGUUGAACGACAGCGACAACUACGCUGAGAUCUCGGAUGUUGUCCGAAAAUCUCGUCAAAAUUAUGAAGUGGAAAGUGAACCUGAGUCUAAUCGAAGAAUGAAGGGACAAAGUUCCGAGGUAUUAUAUUCAAAGGUUAGAAAACGUCGCUCCAACAGUCUUGGCAUCAAUACUUCCAGUCGUAAUUCUCCGUUGUCAGGACAUACGGAAUUGCUAAGUAGAAAGUCAUCUCUUUCGAAUAUUCAUUCCGGAUCCUUAUUGCGCGGUCGUAGACCAGGAUUACAUCGAAGUAACGGGAGUUUUACUUGUAUGAAGCAUGCGCAGUUAUGUCGUAUGGAGUAUGUGGAGGUGAAUUUGACCGCAGAUAGUCAAGGCUUUGGAUUGAUUUUUUCUGAAGGCUUCAUGGCACAGGAGGGAAAUAUUUUGAUGAUUGGGCAUAUUGAUGACGGUGGACCAGCUGAAAGAUCUGGAAUAUUGCAAGUAAAUGACCAAGUUCUUGGAAUUAACGAUACAGAUGUAACAGCGAUGACUGCAGAUCAUGCUAAUUCUGUUUUGCAAAGUUUUGGAACCCAUGCGAAUAUUCUUAUUGGAUUCACUGUUGGAGAAUCAGUUGUGGCUGCAUUUGGAACCUUCACGGUCAAGCUGCCGAAAAAUUAUUUUGGAUUAGGAAUCACCUUUAUAGAAAUGAAGAAUGCAAAUGAGAAAACGGUAAUUGUUAUAAGUCACGUGAGGAAGGCAAGCCCCGCCUACAGGACAGGUGUCUUGAACAAUGGUGACGAAUUAGUCUCGUUAAAUGGCCGUAAAAUGUCGAAUGUUGACGACGUUAUAACAUAUAUUGAUUCAAUACAUUUGGGUGAAAUUGUCAAAGUUACUGUGAACAAAGAACAGGAUAUUGAAGAUGUAAGUUCUGGUAUUGUGUAUACAGUUGAACUGCCCAAAAAUGGUGGUAAUACAAUUGGUAUUCAUGUUGGAUAUGGCAAAGGAAAAGAUUCUAACAACAUUUUUGUUUCAUCGUUGGUUCCUGAAAAUGUUGCAGAAAGGAGUGGAGCAGUUCAUGUUGGUGAUAGAAUUCUUGCUGUCAAUGAUAUUUUAGUUAAAAAUAAACCUGUGGAAGAGAUUUACGAAAUGUUAGAACUUAGCGGUGAGCUUGUGAAACUUCGUUUACAAAGCGCCAAAUGCCGUAUGAAUAAUAUUCCUACGAUUGACGCACCGGCUACCGGUCUUGAGAUCCCGGAUAUGUCGUCAUUACAUCGUGUUUCAGCCUGGGCCGAGAUCUUUGACGAACUCAAUCAAAUUGUCGUUGGCACACCAACUGUUAAGAAAGAGAAUGGAGACAGAGCCGCAAAGCAUUGUGGUGUAUCAUCAAACAUGAAUGAUAGUAGAAGAACGAACAUGGCAAAUGAAGGUGAAAUCACAGCCACACAAUGUUGUGAAGUAAAGAGUGAAAACGAUGAAUUCUGGGAAAAUUAGAUGAAUUAUGGGAAGGCAUGAGUAGCACCCAUCAACAAUGUGUACUACCUGUAUCCCAGAAUUCCAAAACUCGUUGUGAACCUUCGUCAAGCCGAGGUGUUCACGAUUCUUCCUCUUGCGGGACUUUAACUGGGAAGUCGAUAUCAGUACGUUAUGUUGUCCAGGAAAAAUGUGUAAAUCCCAUGGAAACGCACGAAAGAACCACGCAACAAGCUUAUGCGUAUCUCGCGGAAGAUUCCCAUGGCAAUUUGAUACAUAACAAUUCCAAAAUUUUAGAGUGUGUUUCUGAAGACCUGAAACCGACAUGUAAUGCACCAUCAUCUAUUGCAUCUGAUAAUGAAACAGAGCAGUUUUAUUUACAGAACCCUAUCCAUAAACUUUCCCAAUCUUCCCAAGAAUUAAGAGGGAAUAGUGAACAACAUAAAAAUCUGGAAUUGUUUCCAGCUGUUUCUGAUGGUACAGCAACAGUUUCAGACUCGGCACAAAAUGACGUUUUGCAAACACGCACGUUUUCUUUAAAGAAAUGUGAAGAGCACGGAUUCGGUUUUACUUUAAAACCAGAUAAAUUUCAACAGGAAGUGUAUGUCGCAUCUAUCCUUUCCGGUGGUCCUUGCGAUGGAAUGUUACAACCUUUGGAUAAGAUUACCAAAAUUGAUGAUCAGGAUCUGACGCAAUUGAAUAUUUACGAAAUAAGUCAGAUACUUCAACAUGGCCCAUCAGCCAUACAGUUGUGUAUUGUUAGAAAUCCGUUUACAGCUUCUAAUUCAUAAUAUAAACGCAUGUUAUGUUGGGUAAAGGCUCGUGAUCAAAAACUGACCUUCACACUGAUCUCGAAGAUAUCUGCAACGCGAGGCGUAUAUUUUCCGACUAAAAGAUGUCGAAAGUAGUUUACAUAGAUGUGUGUUCUUUUGCUUGUUAAUGAUGGUUGUAACCAUGCACUGUGGAGCUCUUCUUACUAGACUGCGGUGUUAUUUUUUGCUAAAGACCUGGAACGAGUUUUAUUUUUGUAUUUUAGCGAUGUCAGACGCAUGGACAUUUCAGUCAAUUUCACUAACUCAGUUCCUUCAACACAUUUGACUUUGUUGACUUAACCGUUGUACAUUAUAAUGAAUUAUAAUGAAUUGCUGUUUGCUUGUUUCCAA